GGACAAAUAAAGCUGCUCGCAGCCACAAAAAGCUGAUUUGUAAAUUUAGAAUUUGCCGAACUUCGUUUAAAAAUGGCUGAUUUUACGUUUACAAGCUGUUAAACAUACAGAUGUGUAAUUACAAUAAAAUGUGAAUGCAGGGAAAAUAAUAUUAGCGUUAUUUGCAAUUCGGCAUGAAUCUCUCUCAGCUUAAGUGUAGAGAAGAGCAGAUGAUUCAAUUUUUUGUUUUUGUUUUUUUUCCCUGAACUAGACCUUGAGGUGUAUAAAGCCUCUACUUGAGGUAGAACCUUCAGCCUGGAGUGGUUAUUCCAUACAUUUUUUUAGUGCCAUGACCUCAGACUUUGAGGGACUAAUUAGAAUUUCUGCUGCUUCAGGCUGUUCCAGUGAGAUGGAGGUCGCCAACAGAAAACAUCUGAGACCACCCAACUAAACUCUUCUUGAGCGUGCAAUCUGACUUACUGCUUUUUAUUAUCCACGCUCUCAUGGCUGUUGUACAGACUCUUAAAAGCAUGUAGCAACAGGCCAUAUAACCCAUAACCACGCCCUUCUUCUCACAAGAUAUGCCAUUGGGCGUAAUGUAGUUAUCCUUGAGAGCAUAAGAGUCUGGUCUAAUUCUUAUCCCAGAUUGUCAUUCUUUGUUUUGUUUUGGUGUUUUGUUUUGUUUUUUUUUGUCUUUUUGGAAUCUAGAGUUAAUGUUUUCUUAGUGGUUUACAUAAUAAAAACAAUGAUCAACAGGAAGGAGCGUCUUUGGAGCUGCAGUCAAACACCACAGUCACACAAAGCUGAUAUAUUGAUCAAAUGUUCUUUUUGACCAAAAAUCACAAAGUCCUACAGCCUGAUGUGGAGAGGCAUGAGGUGGAAGUCGUGCCUGAGGACAGAGAGGAGCAACAGCCCAAGCAACAGACAGGUGUGGAGGACACUGAGAGCCUGGGCCUGCUUUGGUACGACGACAUUGAUGACGAUGAAGAGGAGCAGGAGUUGAUGCAACCAACAAGUUCCCGACAAAAACGAGAAGAUCUAAAGGACCCAGAUUAUAAAAUGCCGUCAAGAGUUCCGACUAUCAGGAAGAAGCCCGGCAGACCUCGCAUCAGUGACACAAAGAACCAUAUAGAUCUCAGAGUCCGCAUCCUGGAGGACUCUCACACCAAUGUGCUCUCUAAGACGAUAUUCAAGAAGUUCCCAGCACACGACCUGAAGUGCCCUCUUGGUCUACAGGAAGCUGACUUCCUGGACCUGUUGAAGUCCACCUUUCCUCAGCUGGCAGAUGAUGAACCUUUUGACUUAUUCAUAACUGACAGAAGCCGGAAGCUCCAGCCCCUGAAAGUGAAGACUGUGACUCCAGAGGAGAUCCACAUGUUUAUUGGAAACUCUGCCCUCUACAUCCGCCUGAAGACUAGUGAGGAGGGAGAGAAAGAGUUUCCCCCUUCACCAACAAACGAUGACUGUCCAUCCAGCGAUGCUGACAUAUCAAAAAACAGUGAAGCUGAACUCCAGUCAAGCAGCUCUGAUCAGCAUACAGACAGUCCCAGUGUGGACAUGCUGGCCAGCAGCUCAACAUCACAAAAGCAAGACCUGCAAACAGAUGAAGAGGCCUGUGAGAGGGAAGUGGACAGCAAAGAUGAACACAAAGCCUUGGCUGUAGACAAAUGCUUUAAACCUGUUUCUGAGCUCCAGGUGACAAAAAAGAUGAAGAAACAAGUGCGCAAAAGUGACAUGAAGGAGAUAGAGAAGAGUAAAAUAGCCUGUAAAGUGUGUGGAGUGUGGUACUUGAACCUGGGCAGCUUGAUCAAACACACCUGGAGUCACCUGGAGGAGCCACAGGGUGGUUGUGGAGUUUGCGGAGAGCAGUUUGAAUCUGUGGAUGAGUUGAAGAGACAUAUCAGAAUUCACCAGAAAACUCACGACUGCUCAUAUUGUGGGAAAUCUUUCUUCACCAUCGUCGGUCUUAACAGCCACGUUUCUCUGCACACAGGAGACAGGCCAUUCAAAUGUAAGAUUUGCAGCAAAACCUUUGCUUACAUGUCUGGUCUGAAUGUUCACCAUUGGGUCCAUGUGGAAGAGAAACCACACAAAUGUGACAUUUGCCCAAAAUCCUUUGGUUUGAAGGCGCAGCUCCAAGCUCACAGCAAGAUACACACCAGCAAAGACAGAUACGUCUGCAAUAUCUGUGGAAAGUCUGUCUGUGACCUUCGAUCUUUGACCCGCCACAAGUUCACUCACUCUGGAGAGCGGCCGUAUGGCUGCCAAAUCUGCGGGAAGCGUUUCAAACUUUCCGGCAACCUGAAGUCCCACGAGAAGAUCCACAUGGCUAGGGAGCGACCUUUUCUCUGCCACAUCUGCUGCAAAUCCUUCCUGUCAAACUGCAGCCUGAUGACUCACAUGAAGACGCACAGCAGCGAGAGGCCGCAUGUCUGCGGCGUGUGCAGCAAAGGCUUCGUGUCCAACGGCGAACUCAAGGUUCACAUGCGAGUGCACACUGGUGAGGCGCCGUACGGCUGUUCCGAUUGCGGCCGUUUCUUCAAACGCAAGACUCACCUGACCAACCACAUCAGGAGCCACUUGGGCAUCAAACGGUUUGUGUGCGCGAUCUGUGGAAAGGCGUGCUCUCGCCAGGAACACCUGACGGUCCACAUGAGGACCCACAACGGAGAGAGACCGUACCAGUGCACCAUCUGCGAAAAAGCCUUCACCCAGAGCCACUGUCUGAAAACGCACAUGAAGAGCCACCAGGUGGAGGAAACCUCUGUCCCCAGUCCAUCCACAACCUAAACGACACUGAAAACAACAACUUUUUUUUUUUAUCAUAAUAUACUUACAGAUGCAGUUUGUUUUUGUUUUUUUUUAAUCUGUGAACUUUAUAUUUCAUUUUUUUUAAACUGGAAAAAAUGUUGUGGAUUUUUUUUUCUUCUUUUUCUAACUUUUUGUGCUAAAACACGUGGUUCUUAGAUCAUCAUGUCACUUACAGCAAACAUGUAGUCUGGUGACCAACAGUUCUACUAAAUCGUUACUUGUUUGGGCAUAAAGACCUAAGUUACUGAACGACCUACUUAUAAAAUAAAACAAAAAAAAUCACAAAGUUCUGUAAAAAAUAUGGUACAGUAAAAUGUUAGUCGUGUAAACCACUCUGCUUUAAAUAAAAAGGGGAAAAAAGUUAACUAUUUGAAUUCUUGGUUUGUUUCUUUUCUCUUUUAACACAGUAAUACUGAUAAUCAGAACUCUCAAAAUUAGUUUAGUAUGAUGAAAGUCUUUGAGUUUCAUCUUGUUUCCUAAUUGUUCCCCUUAAUUGUGUUUCAGGGGGAACUUUGUAUUAAUCAAAUUGUUUUAGAAGUGAGCUAAUAUCAAGCCAACAGCCAUUGUAAACAGAUGUUCCCAGAUUUUUUUCUUAGAAACCACAGAUAUCCUCCGCAGUUGUUUCAAAGGAAAACGCACCUUUGAGUGUUGAAAUGCCAGUGUACUCAGAGGCGGGGAUUUGAAAGUAGCCAAUCCGAGAGCGUUGUUCAUCUCUCUUAAUUGCAUCUCCAGCAGAUGCAGUCCAGCGUUCCCACAUCAUACAUGUAGCUAUCUCGAGUGUUUUUCAUUUUGUUCUUAAAGUCCUGCAUCCCCAGAUUUAUAUAUUCAGGGUUUAAACUAUAAAAUCAUUUAUAGGCAAUUUUGUUUUACCACAUCCAAAAUUCAAGGUUUUUCAAAAUUCACGGGUGCUCUUGGACCGUAACCCCCCAUCAAUUUCAGGGCUCAAAUGUACAUUAACACACACUUUAGAUCAGCAUAUAAUUGUAAAAGUGGACAGUCAGAAUAACGAAAACCAGUAAAAAGCUUUAAAAAAAGCCAAAAAUCUGCUGUCACCCAGAACUCCUCUGUAUUCAUACAGCGCCUUUCAUCACAGCAGCCCUAACAGCAUUAACUGCUGCAGUGCUUGUAUCUACUAGGGCAGUAAGUGCAGGUGCUUUCCACCACAACGAGUCUCAAAAUCAUUUAUGUUUGUGAGCUACAGUUUGACUGUAGCUGUUCCUUACCACUAAACUAUUGCCUAAUCUAAUAAAACCAGCCUGCUGUCAUGAGGAAAAUAUAAAAUAUUUGCCCUUAUUUGUACUGAGAUGUCAGAAAAAAAUUGUUGAAAAUCUGUCUGAGAAAAAAAAACAUCAGUGGUUUUUCAGUCAUGACUCAUGUUGGUUCUUUAACAUUAAUUCAUGUUGAAGUGUUAUUGGUCAUUCUAGUCUGAUCACAUAUUGUUAUGAUCAGACAUUUAAAUAAUAUAUUCAUCCCACUGAAUUGUGUUAAUAUUGUUUAUUGUAUUGGAUGCGUCAAAGCUUGAAGGUGUGUUUUGUUGUCUUCAUUACUGUAGAAAAUAAAAAUGGUUUAGUGGCAAUUAAAAUGAGUUCAGAACUUGAGUCAUCUCUUAAAUCCUGAAAAACUGCUCUAUUUUAUUUUAUUUUAUUUUAUUUUAUUUUAUUUUAUUUUAUUUUAUUUUGGGAAGCAGAAAAACUGCUACUGCCACUGAAAUACUGCAGAUGGCAGCAGAAACUUCCAACCUUGCAAUAAUAAAGUGGAGGAAAAAAAGAACAAAUGUUGUUUCUCUGCAGAAGGAAUUAGAGCCUCACCAAAACAAAACAAAAACCAACCUUGAGAAACAUCAAAUAAAAAAUAGAAACACUUGAGUGCGCAAUGAAAACAUAAUUAACUAGAGAUAAAGGAGGCGCGGAGAGAUCAGCGAAAGAGUUAACUUAAACAAAAAAAAAAUCUCCACACAGAAACAACCAUCCAGGUUUAUAAAACUUUGAAAUCCAGAAGUUUCUCUAAACUUAGGAGCUGAAAAACAAUCUUUUUGGGGGGAUUUCUGUCGUAUUCUGUGUCAUUUUACACUGUUAGUUUGUAUAAAAAUUGACCAAUACUUUACGUUUUGUUUUAAACCUUUAACCCUGCAAUUAUAUAUAUACAAAACUACCUUGUACUGCUAUUGUUUUUAGUACAAAUAGCCUAAAAUAUCACAUUAGUUGCAGACAUCAGUCAUACAAAUAAAAUAAAGGGGGUUGUAUUUGCGAGUGAGGGAGCAGAGCACUGACUCUGUGAUGUCUGCAGCAAUGUGGAAGACCUGGCAGUCUAUCCAUUCUUACAAGCACAAGCUGAAAGUAGAAUAAAAUAUUGAUGUCAAGUAGUGGGAAUAAGUAGGACUCUAAACUGUACAACAGUGUUUUGAUUCUGCGUUCUGCAGCGUUCUUAUAUUUAAAAAAACUCCUAUAAAUCACUUUGAGGGAUUAAACCUUGCCUCUCUUCCCUCGCAUGAUCUGAUAUCGUCGUGUUCAUGUUGUUCAUGUUGUUCCAGAUCAACAUAGUAAAUGUUGUUCCAAGAUCAACAUUGCAAGUGACCAAUCAGAAUACUAUGUUGAUCUGGGAACAACACCAACACAACGAUAUCAGAUCGU